AUGUGUACUUUGGGCUGGAUGCGCUCAAGNAAGUACUUUGAUCCGGACUGCCAGCCUCCGUUACCUCUGGUGGAGCUGCCCGAUCGAUUGAACCCGUUCCACCAAGAUGGAGUAUGUCGGCCCUCAGUAGGACAGACCAUGUGCCUGGCCCUGGCACUGACGAAACAAGCGAUGAACCUGCUCGAAAAAACCGUGGUGCCUGGCAAGACCCAAACGAUUGUGGAAUUCAGCUCAGGGUCCACAGUCAUCUCGAUGUCUAUGCUCGCUCGAUUGAUGCAUGGUAUUAGCGACACCAGGGCUUUCCUGAGUAAUAAAUCCACCGAGACCAAGUUACGGAUGAUGCAGUUCUUCGGGCUGGAUGUCACCCUUUUCGGUGGCCCAUCUCAGCCUGACCCGUUUGAUGAACGCGGGGGCAUCCAGACUGCUCGGGCAAUGGCCAUGCAAUCCGACGAGAUUGUUAAUCCCAACCAGUAUGACAAUGAUGACAACUGGCAUGCGCACAUCCGCUGGACUGGACCCCAGAUAUUCAAGCAAUUACCAGAAAUCAACGUGCUCUGUGCAGGAAUGGGGACCUCGGGGACGAUGACGGGACUAGGGACCUACUUCAAAGAAGUCAAGCCAUCUGUGCUACGGCUUGGAGUGUGCACAGCACCCGGGGACAGGGUUCCAGGGCCACGAACAUUUGCCCUGAUGCAGGUACAGGAGUUUCCCUGGAGGGAAGCGCUUGACGUACAUGAAGAAGUCAGUUCAUAUGACGCGUUCUCUUUAUCCUUGGACUUGUGUCGCGAAGGGGUCGUCUGUGGGCCGUCAUCCGGUUUGAGUUUGAAGGGACUUUAUCAGAUGCUGGAGAAACGCAAGAGCGCUGGAACCUUGCAACAGCUAGCGGGACCAGAUGGUUCGAUCCACUGUGUCUUCUUGUGCUUCGAUCUGCCAUAUCAAUACGUUGGCGACUAUUUCGAGAAGCUAGGGCCCGAGAGGUUUCCUCCAAUUCGUAAUCAGAACCUCGCUGGUGUUGAUCUCUACCGGUAUGAUGAGAGCUGGGAAAGAAGCCCUGCGGUUCUGUUCACCGAAUAUUACGAAUUACCCCGUUGCUUUUCAUCCAACCUCCUGAGCGAGAUGGUGCUCCGGCCUCUGUGCUGCGUGCUGGAUUUGAGAACCGCGGGGGACUUUGGCACUUGGCACCUCCCGGGAUCGGUAAACAUUCCCCUGCAUAGUCUCGACUCUCAUACAGCCAAGCCAUUCAGCGACGCAGACGUACUAGAGGCACAGUGGCUGGAGUUGGAAGCGUUAUUCAGCAAUGCAGAUGUGCUUGGCAAAUUGAGUGGCCAUAAUGUGCUAAUGCUCUGCUACCAUGGGGACACCGCGCGGGUAGCCAGCAGUGUGCUGCGGGCCAAGGGGAUAGCAGCGGACAGUCUCCGCGGAGGAUAUCAAGCGCUCAAGGAUCAUCUGCUGUGGGGAAGUAAUGGGGUGGAGUCGAACAAGAUGGGCAAAGCAGCCAGCGCAACCGUAGAAGCCGUGGAUGCAGCAGCAGAAGAUGCUGUUGUUGCUGCUGCAGCAGUAGAAACCGCGGUGGUGGUCACGGACCCACGCUAG